AUGAUUAAGGUACUUUCAAUUGGAUUAGGAGGGGUUGGUGUGGUAACAAGUUACGUUUUACAAAACUUCAAUCCUGAUGUUGAGAUAACUGCAAUUAUAAGAUCUGAUUACGACAGGGUCAUGGAGUCUGGGUAUUCCAUUUCUUCUAUUGAUUAUGGGGGAAGAAGAGACAACGCCGAUCCUAAAGAAGCUGAUAAUGCAAUUAAAGGGUUUAGACCUAAGAAUAUUGUUAAAAAAUUGGAAGAAGCUGUUAAAUUUGGACCAUUUGAUUAUAUUGUGGUUGCAACCAAGGUUAUUCCAAGAGAGAAAGAUAACGUUUGGGAUCAGGUUCAACAACUUCCAGAAUUAAUAAAAAAUAAUAAAGGGACUUCGAUUGUUCUUAUACAAAACGGAAUUGAUCCUGAAAGUUUUUGGAAAGGAUUGAAAGAUAAAGCAAUUUUCAUAAGUGGCGUGUCUUAUAUCAGUUCUGUUAAUAGUAAAGGAACUGUUACGCAAUAUGGCCAUGAUGAUAACAAUUUUGGUUUGAUUUAUGAAAAUGAUAAUCCUGAUUCACUCCAAGAGUUCUUGGGAUUGUAUACUAACGACUAUAAUAGUGUUGGCCUUGACACAAAUGUUAGGUUGACUAGAUGGAAGAAAUUACUUUAUAACUCUUCAUUUAACACGGUCUGUUGUCUUACGGAUCUGGAUAUCGGCAAAAUAUUUGAUCUUAAGGAAAGCAUGGGUAUCAUUGAUAACCUAGUCCGUCCAUUAAUGAAGGAAAUUCAAUAUGUUGCAAACUAUGACCUAAAGAAGAAUUACCCCAAUCACCGAGGUGAAGCUGUGACAGAUGAUGAUGUUGGUUAUAUUAUUACGGCUACGGAGGAUACUGACGCUAAAAAUAACUAUCAGCCUUCUAUGUUAGUGGAUUCCCGAAAUGGCAGAAACAUUGAACUUGAAGUUAUCUUGGGCAAUGUAAUCAAGAUUCACAAGCUGAACACAAAUAAGGAUAUGAAGACGGAAAUUCCUUAUUUAAAUUUAAUGUAUUAUCUAUUAUCCUUGGUUCAAUAUCGUUUGAGUAAUAAGUAA